UUUAAAUAUAUACACACAUAAUGUCCCCCGUUCACUUUGGUAGCGUUACCCAUUCGGGGAAACAAAUUCUGCUCCAGGUCGUUUUUCUAACCCCGUGCGUUCAUGAUCAUGUAACCACGCCCACUCGUGGCUGGUGGAAAAUUACCAGCUUACAAGCAACAGGCAAAAUGAAUGGUAGUUGCGGUUUAUCACAUCAUUCAAACCAACAGGCUACCUGCAUGAACUAGGCACUCUGCCUUCUGGCUAUAUUUGGCUUCAAAAUAGCAAAACUUCCACAGAGAGGCUUAAAUGGAUAACAAACAUCAAACGCCAUUACUUUUGCUCCGCGUGCUGCACGCUCGCGUUCCAGUUAUUUCUUGUAAUUGCUCAAAUAAUUGAAAUGUUUAUGUUAAAGCUCAGUUUUGACACGAAAGUCAGGUCGAGAAGUUAUUCGCCAUUCUGUAAGACGGAGUCGUGUAGAAGUCCAUUCUGCAAGGGAGUCUGCCCUCUUUUUCUCUCCGGGCGGAGUAGUCGCGUGGGCGCUUGUGCGAAUUGAAAUAAACUGACAGGCCGAUCCUUCAAUGGGACGCCAAGUAGGAAGUCUUCGCCAGAGACACAGCCAAUCACAGCGCGGCCUGGGCGUAACCUAAGUCCAAACUUUACGCGGCGCCAUCGGCUGAAAACUAAACCGAGAUGGAAUCUCCCAGUCUGAACCGGUUUCAACCGGUUGCGAGUUAGUUGCUUGAGAGGAGAGAAGAGAGGAGGCGCAGGCACACAACCUCUAUACCACCCUGCUGGAAAAUUAUUAGAGUAAAGAAUAAAUUAGUGAAUCAAGGUUUACUUAGUUUCGUAAAAUGUAUCGGAGUAACAGAUUGUUAGGUCUACUGUGAUAGUAGUUUUGGAAUCCACAUCAGUGGUUCUUACCAGCCAGACAUCAUUCACUACUGGAGCUGGAGAUAGUCAACGCUGCAGAGAUAGGAAAUCUUUUGUAAUCAUCAGAUACUCUGAAGUACUCAAAGUACCUAGUAGCUUUUUUUUUUGGCAAACGCCACUCUUUUCAGUCAGAGCCUCGGAUAUUAGAGCUCUAUGCCAGCAGUUAUGACAAUGUUAGCAGACCAUGCAGCACAGCAGCUGCUGGACUUCAACCAGAAACUGGAUAUCAAUCUGCUGGAUAAUGUGGUGAACUGUCUGUAUCAUGGGGUAGGACCACAGCAAAGAAUGGCACAAGAAGUGUUGACACACUUAAAAGAGCACCCAGAUGCCUGGACGAGAGUGGAUACCAUCCUUGAGUUCUCCCAGAACAUGAACACCAAAUACUAUGCUCUCCAAAUUCUGGAAACGGUUAUCAAAACCAGAUGGAAGAUUCUUCCCAGGAAUCAGUGUGAAGGUAUAAAAAAGUAUGUUGUUGGGCUCAUUAUCAAGACUUCAUCUGAUGCAUCAAGUGUAGAGAAAGAGAAGGUGUACAUUGGCAAGCUGAACAUGAUCCUUGUUCAGAUCCUGAAGCAGGAGUGGCCCAAGCACUGGCCCACCUUCAUCAGUGACAUUGUGGGGGCGAGUCGUACCAGCGAGAGCCUCUGUCAGAACAACAUGGUCAUUCUGAAGCUGCUGAGCGAGGAGGUGUUUGACUUCUCUAGUGGCCAAAUGACCCAGGUCAAGGCCAAACACCUAAAAGACAGCAUGUGCAAUGAAUUCUCCCAGAUAUUCCAGCUGUGUCAGUUUGUUAUGGAGAAUUCCCAGAAUGCCCCCCUGGUCCAUGCCACCCUGGAGACACUUCUGCGUUUUCUCAACUGGAUUCCUCUGGGAUACAUCUUUGAAACCAAACUGAUCAGCACAUUGGUGUAUAAGUUCUUGAACGUGCCGAUGUUUCGCAACGUGACGUUGAAGUGCCUGACAGAGAUUGCGGGCGUGAGUGUCAGCCAGUACGAGGAGCAGUUUGUUACCCUCUUCACGCUGACCAUGUGUCAGCUCAAACAGAUGCUGCCUCUGAACACCAACAUUCGGCUGGCCUACGCCAACGGGAAAGAUGACGAGCAAAACUUCAUCCAGAACCUCAGUCUGUUCCUGUGUACUUUCCUUAAAGAGCACGGGCAACUCAUUGAGAAGAGGCUCAACCUCAGAGAGACAUUAAUGGAGGCCCUCCACUACAUGCUGCUGGUGUCAGAGGUGGAAGAGACUGAGAUCUUCAAAAUCUGCCUGGAGUAUUGGAAUCACUUGGCCGCUGAGCUCUACAGAGAGAGUCCCUUUUCCACAUCCACGUCCCCUCUGCUGUCUGGCAACCAGCACUUUGAUGUGCCUCCACGCAGACAGCUCUAUCUACCCGUUCUCUCCAAGGUGCGUCUGCUGAUGGUAAGUCGGAUGGCCAAGCCAGAGGAGGUCCUGGUGGUGGAGAAUGAUCAGGGGGAGGUGGUCAGGGAGUUCAUGAAGGACACAGAUUCCAUCAAUCUCUACAAGAAUAUGAGGGAGACCCUUGUGUACCUGACUCACUUGGAUUAUGCGGACACAGAACGCAUAAUGACAGAGAAGCUUCACAACCAGGUAAAUGGUACUGAAUGGUCCUGGAAGAACCUCAACACACUGUGCUGGGCCAUUGGAUCCAUCAGUGGGGCUAUGCACGAGGAGGAUGAGAAGAGGUUCCUUGUUACUGUCAUUAAGGAUCUGCUGGGUCUCUGUGAGCAGAAGCGAGGAAAAGACAACAAGGCCAUCAUCGCCUCUAACAUCAUGUACAUUGUUGGCCAGUACCCUCGUUUUCUUAGAGCCCACUGGAAGUUCCUCAAAACUGUUGUGAACAAGCUCUUUGAGUUCAUGCAUGAGACCCAUGAUGGAGUUCAGGACAUGGCGUGCGACACCUUCAUUAAGAUUGCCCAGAAGUGUCGGCGCCACUUUAUCCAGGUGCAGGUGGGAGAGGUGAUGCCCUUCAUCGAUGAGAUCCUCAACAACAUUAACACGAUCAUCUGUGACCUUCAGCCUCAGCAGGUGCACACGUUUUAUGAGGCAGUAGGGUACAUGAUCGGGGCACAGACCGACCAGGCUGUUCAGGAGCACCUGAUAGAGAAAUAUAUGCUGCUGCCCAAUCAAGUGUGGGACAGUAUCAUCCAGCAGGCCACCAAGAACGUGGACAUCUUGAAGGACCCAGAAACCGUCAAACAGCUGGGCAGCAUUCUUAAGACCAAUGUCAGGGCCUGCAAGGCAGUGGGACACCCCUUUGUUAUCCAGCUGGGACGGAUUUACCUUGACAUGCUCAACGUGUACAAGUGCCUCAGCGAGAACAUCUCUGCUGCCAUUCAGACAAACGGUGAGAUGGUGACAAAGCAGCCACUGAUCCGGAGUAUGAGAACAGUGAAACGGGAGACUCUGAAGCUGAUCUCAGGCUGGGUCAGCCGAUCAAACGACCCACAGAUGGUUGGUGAGAACUUUGUUCCCCCCCUGCUGGAUGCCGUCCUCAUUGACUACCAACGCAAUGUCCCUGCCGCCCGUGAGCCUGAAGUCCUCAGCACCAUGGCAACUAUUGUCAACAAGCUGGGGGGGCACAUCACCAGCGAGAUACCCCAGAUCUUUGAUGCCGUCUUUGAGUGCACUCUAAACAUGAUCAACAAGAACUUUGAGGAGUAUCCAGAGCACAGGACCCACUUCUUCUACCUGCUCCAAGCUGUAAACUCGCACUGCUUCCCCGCAUUCCUUGCCAUCCCUCCAGCCCAGUUCAAACUAGUGCUGGACUCCAUCAUCUGGGCCUUUAAGCACACCAUGAGGAACGUGGCUGACACUGGUCUGCAGAUUCUGUACACCUUGCUGCAGAAUGUGGCCCAGGAGGAGGCAGCCGCUCAAAGUUUCUACCAGACGUAUUUCUGCGAUAUCCUGCAGCACAUUUUCUCUGUGGUCACUGACACAUCGCACACUGCUGGCCUGACGAUGCACGCGUCCAUCCUGGCCUACAUGUUCAACCUGGUGGAGGAGGGGAAGAUCACUGCAGCGCUGAACCCCGCCAGCCCCACCAACAACCAGGUGUUCAUCCAGGAAUAUGUGGCCAACCUGCUUAAGACUGCCUUCCCCCACCUGCAGGAUGCUCAGGUGAAGGUGUUUGUGACAGGGCUGUUCAGCUUAAACCAGGACAUUCCUGCCUUCAAGGAGCAUCUGAGGGACUUCCUCGUCCAGAUAAAGGAGUUUGCAGGUGAGGACACCUCGGACCUUUUUCUGGAGGAGAGGGAGGCGUCACUCCGACAGGCCCAGGAGGAGAAACACAAGAUCCAGAUGUCGGUGCCCGGCAUCCUGAAUCCUCACGAGAUCCCAGAGGAGAUGUGUGACUGAGCGCCUGCUCAGUCUAACUGUACAGUACUCCAAACUUAACCCUAACCACAGCAAACACAACAAAACCCAAGAGAGGCACUUGAGUGUGGUGGGAGGCCGUGGGCCAUCCCAUUGGAUGUUUGUUGACCAAAAUAAUGCCAAUACUCUGUAAAUGAUUACCGCAUCACCCUGUGGUCCUUUUUACAUGAUCUGCGUUUUCUAUGGAGACUUUUUGUGUAAUAACUUUCCAAAACUGUUAAUCUAGCUUACGUUCUGUUGGUCUCUGGCCCUUCUCAGACCUGCAUGAUGAAGUUAUAACGAUUAGGACAAGUUAACCAUGUUGUUUUGGAUCAGUUUCCGUCACUUCCCUGGUUCUGUUUCCUAGUUCUUCCCUCUUUCCCAUCUCUUUGUUUAUAUAUAGAUCUAUUCUACACUCAGUGUGGGCAGGGGAGGGCGGGGGUGUUGUGAAAAUCGGCCCAUGUGUUGAGUUGGCAUAGAAGCUUCUAGACCCGUGGUGUGACAGAAAGUGGUCUUUUAGAGGCGCACGCACCGCUUGUUUGGUGCCCCACGGCAUUGUGGGAGAAUGUGAAUCUAAUGGAAAAUGAAUGAAGGCUGAGAGACGCUGCUCGUGCAGCAGCAUCUUGUUGCUCAUGACUUUCUGCUUCACCCAAAAAACUGAGCUGCUGCUGCCAGCGUGAGGUUUUUUUUUCAGGGAAAGCAAAAGCAAAUAUGUGCAUAUCAUCCCAAUUGUAUAGCAUCUUUAAUACCAUGGGAACAUUUUUUUUUCCUCUUAUUCUGUUAUUUCUUUUUGUUGUGGGUGUGUGCGCGUGUGUGCUGUCGCCUAGUCGACAUCAGCGUUUUGUUUUCCUCUAAGAGGAUUGUUGCUCAUUUGUGAGCCUUCAUUAAUGGGAUGUUUUAAGGAAGUGGCGGAGGUAUUUAUGGGCUCUUUGGUUGGUUGCAUCUUUAUAACAACUCCUGUUUAACUCAGAUGGCUUUGGAGAUUUUGAAUUGUACUAAUUUAGAUUGUUUACCAUGCAGUAGUGCUUCAAGACACUACCUUUAGAGCAAAAUGAGAAAUAAACCUGGGUUUACAUUUAAUUUUGUAUUUUUGCAUUUUUCAUUUGUAACUGUUUGAGUUUUGUCCAAAUAAAGGCUUUUUUUUUUUUUUUUUCUUGUCCAGAGAGUAAAUGAAUUGCCAGUGAGUUUAAUUAGGAAGAAUGUAUAAAUCCAAAUAAGCAUCCAAUCUCUAAUGGCAGAUUUCCCUUCUCAAGGUGUUACAUUUGUUGUGAACUUUUUGAACUGAUUAAAGGUGAGAAUUUUAUAAUCCUGCCUUCGCUCAGAUCUCUUCAUUCCACAGCAGAGACUCGAGUUUUAUAUGAGCAGAUAUUGUUUGUGUGUCUGAAGACUUCAGUGUUGGCCUUGAUCAAUACUGAGUAAGAAUGCAGUCUUUAUCGUGUUACGAUACAGCAGGCUUUUUCUGUUGAAUUUUAAGUCAUCGCUGCCAUAGCUGACUAAACUCUAAACCUAACCUAACAUUGUAACAUACAGCCUUUGUUAGUGAGAGCUUUACUCACUAGCUUUUUCUUGUGUCAACAGUUGAACAACGACACUGACGUUGUGCCGAAUUCAGUUGUGAGCUGAUUGAGUCAUCAACUCUGAGAACUUGUGUUUACUUGUCCAACCCCACCUCCUACAGUGCAGGCUGCUUUCGCUUUCACUUACUAUAAAAGACGAUUUGCCACAUGGCAGCUGGAGUAGAAGACAUCUUGUGUCAGAUUUGUUGUGUGAAACUAAAGCCAACCUAAACAGGUUUGUUGCGCUUUGACCCGAUGCACUGUUAAUCAACUCUGGAAAAGGAUUUCUGACCACAUGGUCGUUAAGCAUAGUGACUAUUUUGUCCCAUCUCCUGUUAGAUGCAUACAUCUACGUGUGAAGAGGAGCGUGCUUUGAAAAGGUUUGAAAACACAAAUCCUAAAAGGAAAGCUCAGUGAUGACGGAUGGCAUCCGUCACGCAGGCAACGCGACAUCCAACCGUUUCCGCCUGGGCAUCUUUAGCCAAGGUUGCUGCUGUGUAAGUGGACUCCUCCACUAAUCCCUGUUAACAUACUGGUAUUAGAUUAAAGGUUAUGCUGACGCCGUGCCAUUGAAAGUUGAAACGCUCGUCUUACGCAAUCCCAACAAUCUUGUCAGCUCUGAUGUAACCAGAGAGGGAGAUGGAAUUCUAAUUUCACUCAACUUUUCAUUUCCUUGUGUCCCAGAGCCAGGCUUCAGAGGAAUCUGCAGCAGUAACAUUUUAGUUCUGCAGGUCUUGGCAGACUGAGCAUCUCUGUCAGUUUGGCGUGUUUGCUUUGAUGCUCUCGUAUCCAACUAUCUCUUUAUCUCUGUGGGACCAUAAUUCAGUCCAGUUGUAACAGGACUCCCCCACCCCCCCUUCCUGACCCAGAUCCACAUCCUCAGCCAUUCUUGGCAUCUGCUGUUGAGGAGAAGAUAGAACAGCUGGGGUAGCGCCCGCCCACAGGGGGAGAAAAAAAAAAAGCCCACAUCACCUCCUCUACGCUUUAUGCCCCGUUAAGCCCUGCUCUGGGUCUGUGUUGUGAGCAGCCAGGGUUAUUAAUACCCCUGUGAGUAAGUCUUACAGGAAGAGCCAGGUUAGCACGCCCAUUGGUCAGUGCCUCUCAUGCAGAGAGGAGCGGCGUGACCCCGAACCUAGUGGCACAUACCAGCCCUCUCUGGGACUUUCAGUUUCCACAAACUGCUCUGGCUUCUUUUCACACAGGAAACAACACUAACACUCUUUGCUAAAGCUGAGAACCAAUCAAGUGCGUAUUUUUCAUCUGGUAGAUUGUUGGAAAGGUGAGGUGAAAGGUCAUGGUGAAACUGGGGCAAAG